AAUAAAAACCAACCCCUACAUAUUGACCAAUAUGCUUCAUUUCUUCAAAACUCUGAAUUCAACAGUCUUCAGUCACUUGAGAGAAAAUGGCAAAAAAAUAUGAGGGUCCUGCAAUAGGAAUUGAUUUAGGCACUACCUAUUCAUGUGUUGCUAUAUGGCAAGGACAGAACAAUCGAGCUGAGAUCAUUCAUAAUGAACAAGGAAAUAGGACUACCCCUUCUUUUGUUGCUUUCACUGAUACACAAAGAUUGAUUGGUGAUGCUGCCAAAAAUCAAGCUGCAUCAAAUCCUUCAAACACUGUCUUUGAUGCAAAGAGAUUGAUUGGAAGGAAAUAUAGCGAUUCAGUUAUUCAAGAUGAUGUUAAGCUGUGGCCCUUUGAGGUUAUUGCUGGAACUGAUGACAAACCCACCAUUGUCGUUAACUACAAGGGUGAGGAAAAACACCUUGCUCCUGAGGAAAUCUCAUCCAUGGUUCUUACAAAGAUGAAGGAGAUUGCUGAGGCAUUCUUGGGGUCUACAGUGAAGAAUGCAGUUAUCACUGUGCCAGCUUACUUCAAUGAUUCUCAGCGAAAAGCCACUAAAGACGCAGGUGUCAUUGCUGGCCUCAAUGUCAUGCGGAUAAUCAAUGAACCGACGGCUGCAGGUCUCGCAUAUGGCCUUCAGAAGAAAUCUAGUUUUGAUGGUAAGUGCAAUGUGUUCAUCUUUGAUCUUGGUGGCGGCACUUUCGAUGUGUCUCUGCUCACAAUUGAGGAUGAUAACUUUGAAGUAAAGGCCACUGCUGGUGAUACACACCUCGGAGGAGAGGACUUUGAUAACAGAAUGGUUAACCAUUUUGUUAAUGAGUUUAAGAGGAAGCACAAGAAGGACAUUAGUGGGAACCCCAGAGCCUUAAGAAGAUUGAGAAGUGCUUGUGAGAGGGCGAAAAGGACACUCUCAUUUGCGGUUGACACAAAUAUUGAAGUUGAUGCUUUAUAUGAGAGCACUGACUUCUGUUCGACAAUUACACGUGCCAGAUUUGACGAGCUCAACGCGGAUCUAUUUACAAAGUGUAUGGUGACAGUUGAGAGGUGUCUUAAUGAUUCUAAGAUGGACAAGAGUGACAUAGAUGAUGUUGUUCUUGUCGGUGGCUCUUCUAGGAUUCCCAAAGUUCAGGAACUAUUGCAGGAUUUUUUUGAAGGUAAGGAACUGUGCAAGGGGAUCAAUCCUGAUGAAGCUGUUGCUUAUGGUGCAGCUGUGCAAGCUGCAUUGUUGACCGAAGGAACUAACAAUGUUCCAAACUUGGUGUUGAUGGAUGUUACUCCUUUGUCUCUUGGUAUAUCAAUAAAAGGAGAUCUCAUGAGUGUAAUGAUCCCUAGAAACUCUACCAUUCCAACAAAGAAGGAACAUGUAUACUUCACAGGUUAUGAUAACCAACUAUCUGCUGCAAUCAAUGUUUAUGAGGGUGAGAGAACAAGAGCCAGUGAAAACAACUUGCUGGGUUUGUUUAGUCUUGCAGUUCCCCCGGCUCCUCGACUACUUCCGAUCAAAGUAUGCUUUUCUACAGAUGAAGAUGGUAUUUUAAAUGUGUCUGCGGAGGAAGAAACAACUGGGAAUAAGAGAGAUAUUACAAUUACAAAUGAAGAUGGAAGACUUUCAAGUGAAGAAAUUCAGAGAAUGAUUCUGGAAGCUGAGAAUUUCAAGGUUGAGGAUAUGGAGUUCCAGAAGAAGGCGAAAGCAAUGAAUACUCUGGAUGAUUACCUUUUCAAUAUGAUCAAACUUAUGCAGGAUAAGAGUGUCAGUUCUAAGCUUCCCCCAAUGGAGCAAGUUAAGAUCAAUUCAGCUAUUGUGAAGGGCCAAAAUUUGCUUGAUGAUGCCCAGCUUGAGGAGACAAUUGUAUUUGUUGAGUUUUUAAGGGAGCUUAAGAGCAUUUUUGAACCUGCUAUGGAUAGGAUUGGAAGAAAAUUGGGUUGACUGGAUGAGGAUUAUUAACGAUUAAAUUUAGUAAAUUGCUUGGUGAUAAUGAUCAGCAGGUUGAAUUUGAUGCUCUUGAGGAUGAUGUGCCUGAGAGCACCUUUGAAGACUUUUUUUGCUAGAUUGGCUAGUUCCUUUUUCAAUUAAGUUUCUUGGACUCUGCUGAAUGCUCCCUUUUUUGCAUAUGAUAAAUGCAAACUUUUAUGAUCCAUAUUAUCUAAAUUUUGUACUGCUUAUGUUUAAAUAGCUAAUGUGGUUUACCUGGCACUAAAC